AUGGGUCAAGUGCCCCAGCCAAUAAUGUUAAAGGCAGUGAAGGAAGUCAUUGAAGAUGGUAAAACAAUUCGUAAAACUGCAAAUGACUAUGGACUCUCCAGAAGUGCACUCUGCAGAUAUGUUAAGAAAUAUAAAACAAACCCAGACUGUUCAUUGACACCUAAUUACAAACAUAGCAAUGUUUUUACACAUGAGAAGGAACAAAUGCUUGUUGAUUACCUGCAAAUGGCAUCUAAGAUGUUCUUUGGACUUACCCCUAUCAAGACCAGGCAACUGGCAUAUGAAAUGGCUGAACGAAAUGGCUUAAAAAUGCCAGAUCAGUGGAAAGACAAGAAGCUGGCAGGAAGAACAUGGUUGACCAAUUUCCUCAAAAGGAAUCCCAUGCUUUCCAUAAGGAGUCCAGAGGCCACCAGUUUGGCCAGGGCAUCUGCUUUCAUUCGCCAUACAGUUAAGGUAUUCUUCGAUGUCCUGGAGGUGUUAAUUAAGAAACUGGGGGUGACUGGAGCUAGGAUUUUUAACCUUGACGAGUCCGGAUUUACCACAGUUCAAAAGGUCCCCAAGGUUAUUAGUGUCAAAGGACAGAAGCAGGUCGGACAAAUAACAUCAAGAGAACGUGGAGAGCUUGUAACUUAG